AAUCAGCUUCCAGGUUUGAUUGUCAAAGCUUAAUUGAACAAGUUGAAGAUAGAAGCUGAUUGAAUACCAUGUGCAGCUGCACCAGAUUCUAAGUGCUCCAUUUUUAGUAAAUCUACCAGGGAUGCUCUAGACCUCCCUGGCGGUAUUCCCGAGUGUAGCUCAGGGUAUAGUUUCAGUACCACAAGCAGUAACCCUGAACUACACUCGGGCUUACCAUGCGGCAUUGCUCUGCUAUCCCUCGAUCACUUACCUUGUCCUGCGCUCCCGCGAUGUCCCUCCUGCAGUGUCCCCGGCAAUGUAAUCCGGGGGAUGCCGGCAUCUGUCAUCUGGGUUCCGUCCUCUGCAAGCGUCGGGACAUACGGGGGACGGAAUGGCAGGAAAUUUGAAAAUGACAAAAAGUGACAUUCACAAAAAUCACUAA